AUGACAUCCUCCAUCUCCGGCCCAGGCAUCCUCUUCGUGCGCUCCCGCAUCUCCUCCCCCCUCCUCUCCGAACCCACAUUCCUGCACUGGUACGACGACGACCACAUCGCCGAAGUCGUCGCCACAUCCGGCAUUAAAAGCGGGUUCCGAUAUGUAGACGUCAAUAAGACAUCGCCGAAUGGGAAUGAGGACAACAAAACGCCAUUUUUGGCGUGCUAUCCCAUGAAGAAAUUGGAGUUCAUGCUGGGGGAGGAGUUCAAAGAGAUUAAUGUUACGAGCGAGAUAUUGCCGGGCAACGGGGUGAUUUACGAUUUGGCGGAUAUGGAUGUUAGAUUUUUGGGAUUGGUGGGGAAGAUGGGGGAGAAGGAGGAACAAGGGCCGGCGAAGUUUAUCCUGACAUGUGGUGUCAGACUGGGUGCCUCGCAAUCAGUGGAUGGGCUUUUUGAACGACAACAUGAAGAGCUGAGGAAAGCUCAGGGAUAUUUGCGGACAUUGUCGUUUGACUUGCGGUUUGCGAGGUCGAACGCUGAGUCGAAGAAAUUGAAGGGUUUACCUGCGGGCGACGAGCCGAGUACAGAGCCAAGCACACAUCUGGCUAUACAUGAGUUCGAAGAAAGACCAGAUGAGCAGCUUGUGGAGAUUGUAAGAAAGAGCGUUAGUGAAUUAGGGGAUGUGCAACCAGAAGUCUUAGUAUUUGAGUUGCACAGGGUGCACGGCGAGAGGGAGUUCUUCGACUAA